AUGGGCUCGACUUUCCGCUCCCCUCGUCUUGUCAAGGCCGAGGGCAUCCUUACUUUACCCCCGCCAACAAUGAUUCGUGAUGUGACCUUGAAGAAUCGCGUUAUGGUGGCGCCCAUGUGCACCUACUCCACGGAGUCAGACCCGAGCUCCCCUGCGGUCGGUGCGCUAACCGACUUCCACAUUGCCCAUCUAGGCCAUUUCGCUGCCAAGGGCGUGGGCCUGGUCAUUAUCGAAGCAUCCGCAGUCCAGCCCAAUGGUCGAAUCUCUCCCAAUGACUCCGGUCUAUGGCAAGAAGGAACGGAAUCCGAACAAUUCAAGGGCCUUCGUCGGGUAGCUGACUUCAUACAUAGUCAAGGCGCCAAGGUCGGCAUUCAACUCGCCCACGCCGGUCGGAAAGCGAGUACAGUCGCUCCCUGGCUAUCUUCCGAGGGAAAGAGGAGUAGCAUCAAAGCUGACGAAAGCGUUGGGGGCUGGCCGUCAAACGUGGUCGGGCCGUCCGGGGGUGAAGAGCACAUCUGGGCGCCGGGCGAUGUGAAGUAUUGGCCACCUCGGGAGCUCAGCACCGCUGAAGUCGAGGAGGUCGUGCAAGCUUUUGGCAGAAGUGCCAAGCUAGCCGUUCAAUCUGGGGUGGAUCUGAUCGAGAUUCAUGCUGCCCACGGCUACCUGCUUCAUGAAUUCUUGAGCCCAGUCACCAAUCGUCGUAGUGACAGAUACGGUGGCAGCUUCGAGAACCGAAUCCGCAUCGUUCAAGAAGUCGCAGCUGCGAUUCGAGCUGCUGUCCCAGUCGGUACCCCAUUGUUCCUCCGGAUCAGCGCAACAGAAUGGCUAGAGGAAGAGCCGGUCGCCGCGCAGACUGGCAGCUGGGAUAUGCCAUCCUCGGUCGAACUAGCAAAGCUCCUCCCGGAGCUGGAGGUGGAUCUUUUGGACCUGCGCAAGGCGAUCCGCGCAGCCGGUCAGACGACCCUCGUGGGAGCCGUCGGUUUUAUCACGGAGGCCGACGCCGCCCGACACAUUGUGGAGGGCGCGGAUGAAGCCCUGGCCACCGAGUCCGUUCUUUCGGGCUAUGAGCCUAAAGCGGACGCAGUCUUGAUGGCGCGUCAAUUUCUCCGCGAACCCGAAUGGGUGUAUAACGCGGCCAAGCAGCUCAAGGUUCCCAUUUCGGUUGCAUGGCAGUUCGCUCGCGGCGUGCUUUGA